AUGUCCUUCAGCAGCAUACAUCCGUUUUUCAACCCUGUGCCCGCCCGUUCUCAAUCCCUCAAUACGAGUUCGUUCCCUCGCUGGAACGACACCUUCUCAAGUUCCCCGUGGAACAGCUAUGUUCCAGGCAUGGUUGGCCUUGGAGACUCGCUUACCGAGUCUAAUUUGGGGAACACUACUGCUACAGUGAGCGGUCCACACCUCAACAUCUUCUGGUACGGAGACGCCGUGUGGGUUUGGGGGCAUAUGGACAGCAACACGACCAGCUCCUGGUCAAGCCAUACGAAAUUUGAACAGCCGAUCAUGCUCCUCAUCGACUCAAACUCAGACCUGCUGCCAGUUCCGUCCAACGAACAACUGGCAUCGAUGACAGGGAUGAAUAUACAGGGCCACGCAGGAUAUUUGGACCAAAGCUCGGGGGACCUGUCUUUCGCCGGUGCCACGUUUGGCUUCGCAAUGCAAACCGAAGCGCCCACGUUUGAACAAGUCCAGACAAGUACAGCUUACUGGGUUGUAAACGGCACGCGAAACGAGUACUUUCUGUACUCUGGCAACUGGACGGUCGAGGAUCACAUCGGUGGCGUCGGUGGCCAAGACCGGGUUCCCUACGACCAUAUGCUCGCACAUGCCCACAACAGUGACAACCCUGAGACCGCCUUCAAUGUACCUGACAACACUUCAUUUUUGAUCAUCAAUGGAACUAUCGGUCCAGCUCACUACGCCAUAUCCGUGACAAUCUCCCCUGCGCCGAUGUCCAACCCGACACUUGGUCCUCAACCAGAGGUGUUCAACUUCUGGGCUGGCCGCGAUGCUGUUCUCCAUUACGCGGUUCUGGAUCCAUCGAAACAGUACAACGUCACCAUCAUGGGGUGGGGUUCCGAUUCACUAGGCCUGACCGAUUUUGGCGUGCACAGCGUCGGCGGUGUGAUCGGUGCGAUUCUCAUUGCCGCUUUUGCCUACUUUGUCGCAUCGCGGCGGAUCCGCCGACGUCAGCAAAAGCUUCGUCAAGGGGACCCUUCCGAAUUUGUCGUGGACGAGAAUGGAGACGCUGCGGCGUACACUCCGUACGACCACGAGCUCAUGUCGCCAAUGUCGCAGUCGUCCAAGGACUCCCGGUUGAUUGGUACUGCAGCUGGUGCAUCAAGCUCGCGAACACCAAUCGAGCAUGUUCGGUAUGAACAGGAAGAAGACGGCGGUCUGGUAGAGCGCGUCGAGUUUGUGCCGCCUCAGUACAACCCAGAAUGGGCUGGUAGCUCUGCCAACGUCGACGACGCACUGCUUCCGGGCCACAAUGAGCAUGGCUUUGCCUCAGAUACCGGCGUGGGCAGCGGUAUGGACUUUUCAGCCAAGCGCCCAGCUCCUUCUGCCGAUACUGUUAGCCCCACCACCGACUCGGCCACCAACUGGGGUUCACCAGUGGACAGUGGAUAUUCCGCUGCCCAGAUGAGCCAGAACUCCAGGGAGCCGCUACCAAAGUGGGACACAAAGGGUUGGCAGCGGUGA